UUCAUCUACUCCCUGGGCCUGCGCGAUGCAGGACGAGAGACAAGGAGGGUGGGCAACAUGGCGGCUGCUGCGGCUGGUGUGGGCCGGCUAGAGGAAGAGGCGUUGCGACGAAAGGAACGGUUGAAAGCCCUACGGGAAAAAACCGGGCGCAAGGACAAGGAAGACGGGGAGCCCAAGACCAAGCAGCUCAGAGAAGGGGAGGAGGAAAGUGAGAAGCACAGGGAACUCAGGCUGCGGAACUAUGUCCCCGAGGACGAGGACCUGAAGAGGAGGAGGGUGCCACAGGCCAAGCCAGUUGCGGUGGAAGAGAAGGUGAAGGAGCAGCUGGAGGCCGCCAAGCCGGAGCCCAUCAUCGAGGAAGUGGAUCUGGCCAACCUCGCGCCCCGGAAACCUGACUGGGACCUCAAGAGAGACGUAGCCAAGAAGCUGGAGAAGCUAGAAAAGCGGACCCAGAGGGCCAUUGCUGAGCUGAUCCGUGAGAGGCUGAAAGGCCAGGAGGACAGCCUGGCGUCUGCAGUGGACGCUACCACCGAGCAAGAGGCCUGCGACUCCGACUGAGGCACGCCUGAGGCACGCCGUAUCCCCUCCCUGUCAGGCCUGUCCUGUGGGCGGGUAGCCUUGGGCGAGGGUGGGGGCUGGGCUUGCUGUCACCUCCUGUUUGGCUUCAGAGCCGCACUGCCCCCUCAGUCGGAAACCCUCGCCAUGGGGUGAGGUCAGCUCCUUGUCUCCUAAGUGGCCCCACCGCACUGCGAGGGGCAGAACCGACAGCAACCCUGUGGGCUUGCUGUGUCUGUACAUAUGUAUGUACUUGGAACUUUCUUCUGUCUCUAGAAAUAGAAGCAAGCAGACCCAUGUGUGUGGCAGAAACCUAUUAAAUAUGUUCUGGGUCCCUGGGGCGCUGUGGGUUUGGGCCCCAAGGCAGGGCGGCUACGGAGGUGAAGCCUCACACAAGCAAGCCCUGUGGUGGGCCAGGCGUGUCGAGCCUGGAGGGGUGCAGAAGGCCCAGGCCUGACCUUUUGAGUCCAGAUCCUGGUGCAGUCGAGCAGUCCUGUCAAAACCUGUGGGUGACAGAGACCGAGUCUGGGAGACUUCUCUAAGGCCUUCCCCGGGCCCGGACCUUGCUGGAGUCUCUGGUCAGCCUUGCAGAGGCUCCCACCCUGGUCCUCUGUGGAUCCCCUCACAGUGCGAGAGAGAGAAGGGAGAGGCUGGGCGAGCCUCCAUCCCAGGCGGUGCCAGAUCCGAGGCUCCUGGCACUGUUGUGUCUCACCGCACAGCCCCCAGCAGCCUGUCCCUGCGUCACAGUCACAGCUAGACCGUGGCUUCCCUGGGACAGGGCCCCUGCCUUGGGAAGGCUGGCUCCUAUAGUCUAGGUUAUUACAGCCUGGGUGUGGGGUGUGGUCUUGGGCCCUGGGUCCCCAAGGUCCUGGCGUUAGGACCGUGAGCCUCUGUGGAGCUGACUCCAGCGUGACUGACUGGCCACAACUCUGACUCCAGGUCCCUGUGACCAACUAGAAUUUCAUCUCCAAAGCGAUAACACGCUUGAGUUUCCUUCAGGGUUGCCCCUUGAGUCUCCCAUCCCCAGCCUGUGUCAUCCCAGUGCGUCCUUCCCUCUGUGCUGAGUUGGUCUGACGCUGGUGGACAGUGCCGAGGACUCGGGCCAUAGAGGUGGAGCGAGUGCAUGCGACACCAGCACGCUCAUGCAAUAAAGCAAAUGUUUUCAGCUUAAAGUACACAACCACCCUGAGAAGGUAACUUGUGUGGGAAGGGAGCAGGUGACUGAGGGCCAAAGUGGUAGGUGGCUGGCUGAGCUGUGGGCAGGACCAGGACUCUGGUUCCCAUGUGAGCAGGGGUGAUACAUGCCCGCAGGUGGCAGGGCUGGAACCAGACUCCCCCUGCAUCGUGGCAUCUGGGACUGGCCUUCCCUUCCUGUGAGUAAAGGAUGGGAAGGCGUCCCCUGCCCCGGGACUGCCGUAGGAAGCCAGGUGCUCAUCCGUGGCACUGUAGGGCUCAGACUCCUAGCGAGGUUCCCACUCCGCACCGGUGCUGGGACUAGGAUGCGGCCAGCCCCACAGCAUGGGAGCCCCGAGAGCUGAGGAAAGGUUUGCUUCUGCGUUUACAGCUCUGUGUGCCUACAGAAAACCGCCGUGCAGGGAGAGAGCAAAACCAACACUAUCACACACGAUGGGCACGUGAACAAAAGUUACAAAAUACGUGAGGAGAUCAGUGCUUUGAAGAAGGGCUGCCAUCCCACCAGGUGGAAGAACUGAUACCCAAGGAAACUGAAACAGUGACAUCCUGACAGGCUUUAAAAUGAGCGUUUGUUUUGUCAACAGAGAAGUAAAAGAGGCACUGAGCCCCAUAACUCAGGAACGGGGAUUAGGUUUGAGGACAAUUUGGUUAGUAAUCUUGGGAACAAAGAGUGUGGAUUAAAAUAAGCAACACACACACACACAACAUAAGCACCUCUCUGGGGGAACUAGAUAAUAACAGUCGAAGAAGGGAUAGGUAAAUUGGAAGUUACAGCUGAAGCCCCAGAAGGUGGCAGACAGAGAGGGUAGGCUGAGAGGUUGACGUACUGCCAGGUGUCCUUGAGCGGACAGGAGAUCAGGAAAAGAAAACUGGAGAAAGAAGGAAUGGCUGACCACUUCUGUCUCUGACAUCAUGGUACCACAGUGGCCUGAACUGAUCCCCUCCCUUUGCAAAUAGCUAAAAAUACUAGAUAAAUAAAUAGUUACAACAAAUACUUUUUAAAUGCCUCACUGACCAGCAAGAAAGUAAGCAACACUCAAGCAAGAAGGUAGGAGAAGCAGCAGAAUGCUGAAGCCCGACCUCUCACUUGAAGGUAUUUGACAAACCAGGUGAGACUGAGCAUAGGUUUGGGGGGUCCUCAUUGCCUGGGGCUAAGAUAACCCAGUACCUGUGCAUGAUGAGGGGCCUGGUACGAGAGCCCUCCGGAAGGCUGGGGCCCCAAAGGGCAGGUCCUCUGUGAACUAAUAAUAGAUCCGCUCUCUUGGCAUUCCAGAGGAAAACUGAACCUUGCCAGUGACUGGAGUGAAGAAAGGUCUCCCUUGAGAACUGAGCUGGCCCCCACAUGGGUUUGCACAUGAGAAACCUCAAGCCAAGAGUAUAAGUGGUCCCAGAAAGUGGUGGACUCAGCUGCUUGAUAGAAAUGCAGAUCCUCCCUGAAUGAACCUCGAUUCAUCAGUCCUCAGUGAAUCCCCGUUGAUAAAGUUCCAAGAAACAUGAGCAGCUUCUGGGAAGGGUCACCACAUCUAUGAGGCAGCAAGGCACCAAGACCAAAGGACAUCGGCAGGGACAUGGUAGACUUGCAAAGGAUUCAUACAUUAGGAUUACCAGGCACAUGAUUUUAAUGUUGGAAAAUGAUAUAAAAACUAAAAGACAGGCUUGAAAAUAGGAAUCAGUUUGCCAAAAAACCAAAGUGAUGUUCUGGAAAUAAAAACUGUCAUAGCAGUUAGAAUCCCUGUGUCUAUGAAUUAGAGCUAAAGAAACAGUUCAUGAACGGGAAGCUAGGCCGGAAGACGUUCUCCAGAACGCAGCCCAGCAAGAUAAACACAUUGAUAACCUAAAAAACAAGAAGCUAAGAGAUACGGAGGAUAGAGUGGGAAGAGCCAACAUAACAUGUGAUUGGAGUUUCGGGAGGGAAAAAGGCAAAAAUGAGGCGGACGUAAUACUUUUUUUUUUUAAUGUCUGGGAACAACUCUUCAAAAUCAAUCCACAGAUUCAAGGAGGUGAGCAAAUCUCAAGCAAGGCAACAAAAAGAAAUCAACACUCUGAUGUUCCAUCUCUUGGUAUGGAUGGUGAUUGAUUAGGUAUUUUCACUUUUUGACUGUUCAUUGACCCACGCACAUCUGAUUUAUGCAUUUUUUGUGUGUAUUUUACAGCUCGAUAAGCAAGUUCACUUAAAACUUUUUCAUAUUUUUGAUUAAUCGUCUAUUACUGUAUUCACAUUCCAUACAAAACUCAGUGGUUUGAAACAGACGUUUAAUAUUGGACCGUUUCUGUGGGUCAGGGAUGUAGGAGUGGCUUAGUUCUAGUUUGGGGUCUCUCUGAGACUGCCGUCAAGAUGUCCCCCAGGGCUGCAGUCAUCCGAAGGCUUGGCCGGGGCUGGAGGAUGUGCUUCCAGGAUGCCAUCAACCCCCGGGAAGGCUCGUGGAAACAUGGGGCUCACACAGUCCUUGCCACAUGGCCCUCUCCAUAAGGCUUGUGUGAGUGUGUGUGUGUGUGUGUGUGUGUGUGUGUGCACGCGCGUGCACCCGAGUGGCAUUGCAGCUGGCUUUCCCCAGAAUGAGCGAUCCAAGACAGAAAACGAGGGGAAGCUAUAGGGCCUUUUAUAACCUGGGCUUGGAGGUGAUAUUCUGCCACAUUAUAUUGUUAGAAGCAAGUCACUACAUCCAGGCCACAACUCAACAGAGAAUUACGUUCUGCCUCUGGAAGGGAGGUCUAAGAGUUUGUGGAUGUAUUUUAAAACCACCGCAUACCUAGAAAAUUAAGUACAACAAGUUGGCAGAACAAAAAGAGCAAGAAAAGAUGUUAAAAUUAGAAAAGCUACGUUACCUUUUAGGAGCAAGACAGCAGAUGUCUCGGCCAUGGCCAGUGUUAACUGGGACGAUACGUCUGGUAUCAGCGUUAACUAGACGGGAGGCAAUUGUCAAUGUAAAAUUCUAUACCCAGAGAAGAUACCUUACAAGGUAUUUUUAGACAAGCAAACCCAGAGAUUUUGUCACCAGCAGACUCACAUGAAAAGAAAGCCUGUUUGGGGUAAUGAAAAUAUUCUACAGUGGAUUGUUGUUGGGGGGUUGCACAAAUCUAUGAAUAUGCUAAAAGCCGUGGAACUGUACACUUCGGGCAGAGUGUAUGACGUGUAUGUUGUAUCUCAAUAAAGCUGUUUUUAAAAAAUGAAAUAAAU